AUGAACGUAGGAUCUAAUGUUCAUUCAGCUCCUGCCCCUGCAGAAGUUUUGGCAUCUCAAAACAAUAGUGAACUUAACAUCAAUGAAAAAAGCUCUCCUUUACAUUUUACUGCAAUGCUGAACAAUCUUUCAAUUAGUGGGAACGUUCCUUUACAACCACUUGAGUUUAACCAAGAUGGUACUUACAUUCUGAAAAUUAGCAAUAUUCCAGAUGACCUUACUUUAAGAGAGGCAUAUACUAUAUUUGCAUUAUCUAAUGGUGCAGCGGGUAUCGAGUUGCUCGAAAAUUCUACUUUAAAUGAUGAUAAAAAUCUUAACGAUAGGCAUAUAAUAUCAGCCAAAUUCAAUUCUUUAAAUUUAGUGGUGCAAUACGCAAAUAUAUUAAAUUCCAAGAAUGAGCUAUUUGGACCAACAUUCCCCUUUAAAAGUCAUAUUGAAGUAACCGAAGAACCUUCACGUAAACAAGUUCCAUACCAAACAAUAAAUUUAAAUUACAACAGUUUGAAUCCUUUACAACAGUUAUCAAUUCAUACUCCUAUCAACAAUGGCAUGAACCAAUCGCAAGCAUCUCCUGUUCCUUCAUCAAACAAGAGACCAAGUUUGUUAACUCAGCGUUCUAGAUUUUCAUUUAGCGAUCCAUUUGCUAAUAAUCUGGAUGGUAAUAAUGAAGACCCAAAUAUGACUGCUAAUAAUGACAUCAGCAAAUCCUUUUUGCUAAUGGAAAAUGAUGAAAUCAAUGACAAUAUUUGGGGACCUAAUGUGAUGGCGUCAAGCAGUAUGAAGGGCUUGAUGGACCAAAUUCAUCCUGCUACUCCGAGCCUAGAAUGGAGAUCAAAUAAUAAUGGUAGAAAGAGUUCAUCGUUUUUCUUACCUUCAACUGCUGGUAGUGCUGUUACGCCAACUUUACCCGACGUUGACAUGAUGCAAAUGAGUGGCACCAAUAAUAAUGCAUCAAUACCGUCAUAUGCAGCUAUGCUUAAUCAAAUGGAUCCAUCUCUAGGUGCUGGUCAGCAAUCACUACAACAAAUGAUGAACCAGGGUUCAAAUGAAGUUAACGUUAAUACAACUCCGCAAAAAGAUGCAUAUUACAAUUCAAUGCAAAACUUACCUACAAAUACCACACCUCAUAGUAAAUCUAGGCUAAAUUCCUCUGUAAAUAGAAACACUCAAUCAUCUGCUGGUACCACCACUUCUACCAAUAAUAUUGUAAAUAAAUCGUCCUCAUCAUUGGCCAAUAAUGCUGGCGGUAUUUCGCAAGCAGAUUUAUCGCUAUUAGCAAGAGUACCCCCUCCAGCUAAUCCAGCAGAUCAAAAUCCGCCAUGUAAUACUUUAUACGUAGGCAAUUUACCACCAGAUGCUACAGAACAGGAAUUAAGACAAUUAUUUUCUAAGCAGCAAGGCUUUAGAAGAUUGUCAUUCAAGAACAAGAGUAGCAAUGGUAAUGGACAUGGUCCUAUGUGCUUUGUCGAAUUUGACGACGUCAGUUUUGCAACUAGAGCAUUAGCUGAACUUUACGGUAGUCAAUUACCUCGUACUACAACAAGUAAUAAAGGUGGAAUUAGGUUAAGCUUCUCCAAGAAUCCAUUAGGAGUUCGAGGUCCAAACAGUAGAAGAAGUAAUAAUAGUAAUGGCAGUAAUGCUAAUAUUUCGAAUUCUAAUGUUUCUUCCUCCUCCAAUAUAAAUUACAAUUAUGUCACUGGUUUUACCAAAAAUUAA